ACAUUGUAACAACUGUGUUGUGAAAAAAUUAGCUAAUUUUUGUGAAAAAAUUGUGAAGAAAAAAUUUUCAUGUGAAUUAUUAUCAAAAAAUUGCAAAAAUCUUAAAUAAAUUUAUGCUUAACAAAGCAUUAAAUAGUUUUUAAUUAAUAUCUACAAUAAUAAAUUAUAAAAUAUGCCAUUUAAUGCCAGGCAUACUUACAAUACACGCCAUGACCAUAACACGACCCAUGGAAAUACUGGAGGUAUAGGCAGCAGCAGUCUCAAUACCGCAAACGCUGCUAGCAACAGCUCUAAUACAGUUAAUGGCAUUUUACGUAAAGUGAAUGGCUCUAUGUCCGGUUUAUCUGCUUCAUCAUCUUCGUUGUCGAGUACAUCCAAUGCCAACGAAGUGCGUCAUGUUGAUUUAUUGGUAUUUGGUUAUGCCUGCAAAGUAUUUCGCGAUGAUGCCAAAGCCCGUGAUAUUGAUCAGGGCAAACAUUUAAUACCCUGGAUGGGCGAUAAUAAUCUAAAAAUUGACAGAUAUGAUGUGCGUGGUGCUUUAUAUGAUUUAACUCCCUAUGAACCACCACCGGGAGGUUAUGGCAACCGUUUAGAUUAUCUGACGGCUGAGGAACAAAGAGCCGAACAAUUGUGCGAAGAAGAACGUUAUUUAUUUUUAUACAACAAUGAGGAAGAUGUCAUAACCAAACAGGAGGAGGAAUUGAAACGUCUGCAACAGGAAACCAAUGGCUGUAGUUAUAGUCAAGUUGGCUUUUCAUACGAUCAAUCACAACAAAUUGGUCCCAAUCGCGAAGAGUUUUCCAAUUCACCAUCAUGUGAAGAAGCUGAACAAGCAUUUCAAUUACCCUACAAUUUUCAAGUGCCAGAGGGAAUGCAAUUGCCUGAAACAAUGAAACAACAUGCUAUAAUCGAGAAAACCGCUCGUUUUAUAGCCUCUCAAGGUGUACAAAUGGAAAUUCUAUUAAAAGCCAAACAAUCGAAUAAUGUACAAUUUGAAUUUUUAUCCCGAAACUCCAUACUAAAUCCCUACUAUAAAUAUGUGGUAAGUUCCAUAAAAGAUGGCACCUAUCCCCAGCACACCGAAGCCAAAGAAAAAGACCCCAAAGAAAGUGGUGACAAUGCCAAUAGUAAUACACUGGGCUCUGGGACAGAAAAUGUGGUGUUAAAACCUGUUGUAACAGUACCCACCAUUAAAUACAAACCCUCAGCGGAUUGUGCUUAUACACAGUUGAUAAGUAAAAUUAAGGGUGUACCACUUUCCGAACUGCACGAUGAAAGUUCUAGACAAAGUUUGAACUCACAGCAGGAAAGUGCAAAUAAUUCCCCUUCCUUAACACCAGUGUUGUUACAAUAUAAUGGUGCCACUUUUGUGACGGAACAAGAUGAAAAUUCCAACUCUAAUACGGGGCAAACAAAAACAACUACUGAUACAUUAAAUGAUUCACAGCCAAAAGUGGAGAUUUUAAAAAAUUCCAGUGCAUUGGCUUUGGCACAAAAUUACUCUUCCGAUUCGGAAACAGAGGAAGAAGAGGCUGAUGAAGCCGAGGGAGAGAAAACACCACCGAAAUUAGAAUUUCCAUUACCACCGGAAAGUUUACAAAAUAUUAUCGAUAAAACUGCAGUGUAUGUCAUAAAGAAUGGACGACAAUUUGAGGAAACGUUGCGCAGUAAAUCUGUAGAACGUUUUACUUUCUUGCUGCCUGAUAAUGAAUUUUAUCCUUAUUAUAUGUAUAAAAUAACGGGAGACCCUAAUGCCGCUUCUAAAGAACAAAAGAAACGUAAAGCUAAAGAAGUAGCAGAGGCGCUUUUAAGUAAAAAAGGUUUAAGUGGUGAUAAAUCGACAGCAACAAACCCUGUAUCGUUUUCCAUAAAAAAUAAAGAUGAAACUGCAACAAAUGUUUCCCUGCAACAGCCCGCUUUACCUCAAGAACACAGCGAUGAUGAGGAUAAACCAAAAACAAAUGCAUCAGCUAACAGUUCCCAACGUCAUGUACCCGAACAUGUACAAAAAGCCAUACAAUUGGUUGAAUCCCAGCUAAUGGCUAGAAAUGCUCAGUUGGCGGCCACCUUAGCUUUAAGACAAACAACGCCUCUUGCCAAUAGUGGUGGAAGUAGUGGUAAUAGUAACUUAAAAUCCUUAUCCACACGCUAUGAUGCCGAGAAAUUAACAACAAAAUUACCAACCAGUUCUGUGACAAAAUUAUCUACCAGUUCUGUAGCUAUAAACACCAGCAGCACUUCAAACACUUCCAAAGCAGAAGCGGAACGAAAUGCUUUAUUUGAACAGCAGCAACAGCAACGUCAUAAGGAAUUAAAGAAAGCUGAAGAAAAAGUUAAAGAUAAAUUGGCCCAAAUUGCUCGCGAAAAACUUGGCGGUUUAAUAUCGAAGGAAAAACAGUUGCAAUUGGAGCGUAAACGUAAAGCCAUGGCAUUUUUAAAUCAAAUUAAAGGUGUUUCAAAGACUGACAACGAUUCCGAAGCAGAUGCUGUCAAGAAAACCAAAUUAUCAAAUAACGAAGAUGAGGGUAAUAAUAGUGAUGAUUCAGAUGCGUCAGUACACUCCAUACCCAUUACAUCGUAUGGACCGAAUAGCGAUGAUGAAGUAGAAGAAAAACUUGAAAAUAAAAUAAUAACUCCGACACCUCCGUCACCGCCGCUUAUACCAAUAAAAUCAAAAGAUUUAACACUUCAUAAAACCCCCACCGUUAAUGUGUCCGAUGAUGAUGAAGUGGAAUUAAUAAGUGAAAUUAAACCUAGAGAAAUAUAUAGUAAAAGACGCUCUAGAUCAAGAUCCAAAGACAUUUUAAUAACAUCUACACAUAGUCGCCGGCAUUAUAGAAAACGCACACCAUCCACAGAGUCUUUGUUGUCCUCGAAUGAUGACGACGAGGAGGAGGAAGAUCGGGAAGAUGAUGGUAGAUCUCAUAGAUCGAAAUCAAAAUCACAUAAAUCGAAAAAAUCCAAAUCGAAAAAAUCCUCCAAAAGUAAAAAGAAAUCGAAAAAACGUUCUCGUUCCAAAUCACGCACACGUUCGCGCUCUCGUUCACGUAGUCAUCAUCACAGCCAUUAUCACAGUGAGCGUUAUCGUCAAAGAAGUAGAUCACGUAGUUAUAAUAAUCAUGAAGAAUAUUACAAACCAAGCCACAGUGAAAGAGAAAGAGAUAGGGAUAGAGAACAACGCAAAAGAUCAUCGCACACUCCCAGUCGCAGCCAUUACAGCAGUAGCAGUAGUCGUUCCCAUAAAGAUAAAAGUCGUUCACAUAGAUAUGAUUAAAUCUUACAACUUCGUUUUACUUUUGAAUAACUUUUUACCUUAAAAAAAUAGUACUUCCGUUACACCCCCUCUCCCAUAUCAGUAAGUACUUCCGGGGCUACAUAUUUGUACUAUAGAGUUUUCUUUUUAUAUAAAUAUUUACCAUACUGCAUACACACGUUAUAUAGAAAGUUUUUAAUCUUUAAGUAUUUAGUGUUUAAAGAUAAUAAAUAUACGUAAAAUGUUGUUUACAUUGUUUUAGGUAGUUACAUAAAAUGUGUAAAUAAAAAUUAAAUUAUAA